UUGAAAAUUAUAUACGGAACGAGGGCACAAGGAUAAUGUUUCCGGGAGCGAUGAUGCUAACCGGCGCUGCAACCUUUCUUCACCGGUGUUCUCCGGCGAGGACAGUUUGCUUGGCUUCUCGAACCGACACCGAUCAAUUACGAGAUCAACUCGAUCAGCUUCACUUUGAGGCUUCAAACACCAGAGCUAAAGCUAAUAAAGCAAGACAGAGGCUGUUGCGCUUGUCUGAAGCAGCAGAGAAACUUCAAAGACAGGCAGCCAUUAGUGUUCAAACUGGAAAAGAAAACGAUGCCAGAGAUCUGCUAUUCCAAAAGAAGAAGACAAUGCAAGCUUUAGAGAAGACAAAAAGUCGAAUCGAGUUGCUUGAUGAACUCUCAACUAAGCUUAUCGAGGCAAUAUCUCUGCGAGAACAGCAGCUUGUUGGGACAGUAGGUCAAGACGUUGAAAUUGAAACAGAAGAUGAUACAUCUCCAGUUAGGGUUGUGUCUGCACCUUCUGAAAAGGAUUUGCUGAAUUCUAGUGAUGAUCAAGAACUGCAAGAUAAAACCUAUAACAUGCCCACCAAUCUUCAAGAAUCUUUGGAAGUUCUUGAUAGUGAUAGUGACCUGAUCAGUAGCUUGACCGAGUUGACUUCUUACAGAGACUUGUUGGAUCGUAUUGAUCAGCAUCUGAACAAAACUGAAGCUGAGCUCAUGACAGUUGUGAAGUUCUCAAGCUUGAUUCUUGAAAGUGAGAAAAGCCAUGAAAAUGUGAAGGUGAAACAACUGAUGGGAAUUCUUGAUGCUGUUCGAGACCUUAGAAAAAGAAUUGCUAACAUUAUUAUGCAGAAAGAAGCAGAGAUGAAAUGAAUAUGUAUAACAAUGCUCAAUUGUUCCAGUCAGAUCCGAAAAAAUGAGAAAGAAAUUAAAAGUAAAGGGAUUGAAUUGAAUCAUGGCCAUAUAAUUGUUUUGAUUUUAUUGCAGCAGGUUUACAUAUGAAUUGUAAAGCCAUUAUCUCAUAGAUGAAUUAAGCAUUUUUAGGCAUAUUUUUCUUCCAAAAAAUUUAGACAUCAUGUUUGAGUUUUCUGUGUGAUUACUUGUGGAAAUGAGAAAUAAAAAAUUGAGUUACAAGUUACAACACCAAUUAUGAUAA